AUGUCCGAAGAUAGUUCAACGUUAUCAAAUGGUCUAGAGAGCAGAGACAAUCGAGGACGAGCACUACGUACUGAAACCACUGGAGCAGCAGCUGGAUCACGUUCCACGAGAUACCGGAUAGAAAUAUUGCGAGGGCUUAGUAAUAGCUUUAGAUCAGAACCAUCGAGUAGUUAUUCGACAAAUGCGACCUUUGAAGAACCCUCAGACACACACGCUGCAACAAUGUCUUCAGAAGAUGAGCCGACGUUUAAUUCAACGUCAAACGUAACAGAGCAUGAGUCUUCGGGUGAUGUUACUGAUGGAGCAUCAUCACCCAAUCAAACGUCUGCUAGUGCGCCUACAUUAAGUUCUGACGAAGACAAAAGGUAUUGCUGGGUAUGCUUUGCAACUGAUGAAGAUGAUGCAACAGCUUCGUGGGUUAAGCCAUGUCACUGCCGAGGUACUACUAAAUGGGUCCACCAAGGUUGUAUACAGAGAUGGGUUGAUGAAAAGCAGAAAGGUAGAGCUGGGGUUUAUGUUGCUUGUCCGCAAUGUAAUACACAGUAUAUUAUUGUUUAUCCACAUAUGGGUCCUUUAGUCGGAGUGUUGGAUACAAUAGACGGUGUAAUUUUUCGAGUGUGUCCGUUUAUUGCUGCUGGUAUAGUAGUAGGCUCCAUUUAUUGGACUGCUGUGACAUAUGGAGCUGUUACGGUGAUGCAAGUAGUGGGUUAUAAAGACGCCGUAUCUAUUCUUGAGUCGUAUGAUCCUCUAGUACUUUUAGUCGGGUUGCCAACAAUCCCCAUCAUACUUGUCCUUGGUAAAAUGCUGCGAUGGGAAGAUCAAGCCUUGAGGUUACUCAGAAGAUAUGCUUGCAAGGUUCCAGUUCUUAGACAUUUUUUGCCUCAAAGUUAUUCAGAUGAAGAACGAAUUCAAUCGCAAGAUGUACCACCAAUGAGAGAUCCGAUUUGUGCAACGAGAAUCAUUUGUGGUGCUCUUUUACUUCCUACUAUUGCUAGUAUUUGUGGUAAAAUAUUUUUCGAAAGUAUAAAUUCUAAUUUUCAACGUACAAUCCUUGGCGGCGUAGCAUUUAUUACGAUAAAAGGAGCAUUUAAGAUAUAUCACAAGCAACAACAGUAUGUGAGACAAUGUCAAAGACGCAUACUGGAUUAUACGGACAGUAAUGUCGCUAUGUACAGACGACGACAGAAUACUGAAAAUGGUCAGACGUAA